AUGGCAAACAUCCAAACGACAAAGAGCGUCCCCGGCAAGGAGACGCCGGGCCUGCGGUACCCCUCCAACGGCAAGACAAUCUACCACCGCCCCCUCAACCGCACCAAGACCGCGGAGCUCAGCCAGGCCAGCUUCGCCUACCUCUUCAGCGAGAUGGUCUCGUACGCCCAGCGCAACGUCAAGGACAUUUCCGAGCUCGAGCAACGCCUCAACGUCCAAGGCCACUCAAUAGGCCUCAAGCUCCUCGACCUCCUCCUCUUCCGCGAAGCCCCGCGCACGCAGCUGCGGCCCCUCACAAUCAUCAACCUGCUGCACUUCAUCAAGCAGUCCGCCUGGCAGCACCUCUUCGGCCGCCAGGCCGACCGUCUCGAGAAGAGCGCCGACCCCGCCAAGCCCGACGAGUACAUGAUCAUCGACAACGAGCCCCUCGUCAACGCCUACGUCAGCGUCCCCCGCGAGCUGUCCCAGCUCAACUGCGCCGCCUUCAUGGCCGGCAUCGUCGAGGGCCUCUGCGACGGCGCCGGCUUCCCCGCGCGCGUGAGCGCGCACAACCUGAAAGACGACAAGGAGAUGUGGCUCGGCAUGACCGUGUUUUUGGUCAAGUUCCGCCCCGAGGUGUUGGAGAGGGAGGGGUAUUUGGGCAAGAGCUAG